ACGUAUGUGACUGAUAUAAAGGCAGAAGAUAUAGAGGGAGAAGAAGAGACGUAUGUGACUGAUAUGAAGGCAGAAGAUAUAGAGGGAGAAGAAGAGACGUAUGUGACUGAUAUAAAGGCAGAAGAUAUAGAGGGAGAAGAAGAGACGUAUGUGACUGAUAUAAAGGCAGAAGAUAUAGAGGGAGAAGAAGAGACGUAUGUGACUGAAAUAAAGGCAGAAGAUAUAGAGGGAGAAGAAGAGACGUAUGUGACUGAUAUAAAGACAGAAGAUAUAGAGGGAGAAGAAGAGACGUAUGUGACUGAUAUAACGGCAGAAGAUACAGAGGGAGAAGAAGAGACGUAUGUGAGUGAUAUAAAGGCUGAAAAUAAAGAGGAAGAAGAGACGUAUGUGACUGAUAUAAAGGCAGAAGUUAUAGAGGGAGAAGAAGAGACGUAUGUGACUGAUAUAAAGGCAGAAGAUACAGAGGGAGAAGAAGAGACGUAUGUGAAGGGUGAUCAGCAGUGUAAGGAGGAGGAGAUCCCUACAGAUAUCAGCACAGAUGGACACACAAGCAGGAAUAUCUCAGAAGGACAUCUAAUGUUAUCCCCGGAUUGUGACAUAAAAGAUAAAGACAGUAGACCGGAUACUCCAGGAGCUAACCCCAUUACCCCAAUUAUACAUCCAGCUCUAUCAGCUGGUCCCUAUGAUCCUGGGAAAUGUUCUCCUGAUCACUCUGAUAUUGGUGCAUCUGUUACAGCUCUGAGAGUAGAUACAGUGUUUCCCUGUUCUAUAGAUGCCAAAUGUUUUACACAGAACACAAAGCGUAUUAGCCAUCAGACAGGUAAGGAAGGUGAGAGGCCAUUUCCAUGUUCUGAGUGUGGGAAAUAUUUUGCACAGAAAUCAUAUCUUAUUACACAUGAGAGAAGUCACACAGGUGAGAAGCCAUUUUCUUGCUCUGAGUGCGGGAAGUGUUUUAUCCGGAAAUCACAACUUGUUACACAUCAGCGAAGUCACACAGGUGAGAAGCCAUUUCCAUGUUCUGAGUGUGGGAAAUGUUUUGCAUGCAAAUCAGUUCUUGUUGUACACCAGAGAAGUCAUACAGGUGAGAAGCCAUUUCCUUGCUCUGAGUGUGGGAAAUAUUUUGCACAGAAAGCACAACUUUUUAGACAUCAGCGAAGUCACACAGGUGAGAAGUCAUUUCCAUGUUCUGAGUGUGGGAAAUGUUUUUCACACAAAUCAGAACUUGUUAGACAUAACAGAAGACACACAGGUGAGAAGCCAUUUUCUUGCUCUGAGUGCGGUAAAUGUUUUAUCCAGAAAUCACAACUUGUUACACAUCAGCGAAGUCACACAGGUGAGAAUCCAUUUCCAUGUUCUGAGUGUGGGAAAUGUUUUGCAUGCAAAUCAGUUCUUGUUAUACACCAGAGAUGUCACACAGGUGUGAAGCCAUUUUCUUGCUCUGAGUGUGGGAAAUAUUUUGCACAGAAAUCACAACUUGUUACACAUCAGCGAAGUCACACAGGUGAGAAGCCAUUUCCAUGUUCUGAGUGUGGGAAAUGUUUUGCACAUAAAUCACAACUUGUUACACAUCAGCGAAGUCACACAGGUGAGAAUCCAUUUCCUUGCUCUGAGUGCGGGAAAUGUUUUACCUCGAAAACACAACUUGUUACACAUCAACGAAGUCACACAGGUGAGAAGCCAUUUCCAUGUCCUGAGUGUGGAAAAUGUUUUGCACACAAAUCAGAUCUUAUUAGACAUAACAGAAGUCACACAGGUGAGAAGCCAUUUUCUUGCUCUGAUUGUGGGAAAUGUUUUUUCCGGAAAUCACAACUUGUUAGACAUAACAGAAGUCACACAGGUGAGAAGCCAUUUUCUUGCUCUGAGUGUGGGAAAUGUUUUUUCCGGAAGUCACAACUUGUUAGACAUCAGCGAAGUCACACAGGUGAGAAGCCAUUUCCGUGUUCUGAGUGUGGAAAAUGUUUUACAUACAAAUCACUUCUUGUAAUACAUAAGAGAAUACAUACAGGUGAGAAACCAUAUUCCUGUUCUGAGUGUGGGAAAUGUUUUACACGGAAAUCACAACUUGUUACACAUCAGCGAAGUCACACAGGUGAGAAGCCAUUUCCAUGUUCGGAGUGUGAGAAAUGUUUUGCACUCAAAGCAGCUCUUGUUAUACAUCGCAGAAGUCACACAGGUGAGAAGCCAUUUCCAUGUUCUGAGUGUGGGAAAUGUUUUGCAGUAAAAUCAGCUCUUGUUAUACAUCGCAGAAGUCACACAGGUGAGAAGCCAUUUCCAUGUUCUGAGUGUGGGAAAGGUUUUGCACACAAAUCAGUUCUUAUUAUACAUCAGAGAAGUCACACAGGUGAGAAGCCAUAUUGUUGCUCUGAGUGUGGGAAAUGGUGA